AUGAUAACACUCCUAAUUACAUACCUAAUUAAUCCUCUAGCCUAUAUCGUGCCCGUACUAUUAGCAGUCGCCUUCCUAACCCUAAUUGAACGCAAAGUACUAGGAUAUAUGCAACUACGUAAGGGCCCAAACGUAGUAGGACCCUACGGACUCCUACAACCAAUCGCAGACGGUGUCAAGCUAUUUAUUAAAGAACCCCUACGCCCUUCAACAUCCUCCCCUUUUCUAUUCCUAGCAACACCCAUAUUAGCUCUUACCCUAGCCCUUACUUUAUGAGCACCAAUACCCAUACCACAUUCAAUAACAGACCUAAAUCUAGGCAUAUUAUUUAUCUUAGCCCUUUCAAGCUUAGCAGUUUACUCUAUUCUAGGUUCAGGAUGAGCCUCUAAUUCAAAAUAUGCCUUAAUCGGGGCCCUACGAGCAGUUGCCCAAACCAUUUCCUAUGAAGUUAGUUUAGGACUAAUUCUGCUAUCAAUUAUCAUCUUCACAGGAGGGUUCACCCUUCAAAUACAUGAUACAACCCAAGAAGCAGUAUGACUGCUUAUUCCAGCCUGACCCCUAGCCGCCAUAUGAUACAUUUCCACUUUAGCAGAAACAAACCGAGCUCCUUUCGACCUCACAGAAGGAGAAUCAGAACUCGUCUCCGGCUUCAACGUAGAAUACGCCGGAGGCCCAUUUGCCCUUUUCUUCCUAGCCGAAUACGCUAACAUCUUACUAAUAAACACCCUCUCAACCAUCCUAUUUUUAGGCGCAACUCAUAAUAUUAUUAUACCAGAAAUCACCUCAAUCAACAUUAUAACAAAAGCUGCCCUACUCUCCAUACUAUUCUUAUGAGUUCGCGCAUCCUACCCCCGAUUCCGAUAUGAUCAAUUAAUACACCUCGUAUGAAAAAACUUCCUGCCCCUGACACUAGCCCUAAUUCUAUGACACAUUGCCCUGCCCAUUGCACUAACAGGCUUACCACCCCAACUGUAA